UCUUCUUCCCGGAUCCCAGAGCAGAGACACAAACAGCACGGCCACUAGAUCACAUGAUCGGAGCCAUGGCCGGGCUCAGGAUAACCACCAUCUUUACAUUCAUGUCCCUUAUAAUAACCCUUCAGCCUUCAUCUGCACAGAGGUUUGACAUUAAGGUCACAGAGACACCAGUUAUUGCCCCUGUGGGCAGUGAUGCAGCUCUGGGCUGUUCCCUGGUACCUGCAGGCAGCGCUGAGAGUAUGACAAUCAAGUUCCAUCGGGGAGACCCAAGCUCCUAUGUGUAUGUGUAUAACAAGAAUCCAGAAGACCCCGGCAAUCAGGAUGUGAAGUAUCAGGACAGGACGGAGUUUCUGACAGAGAACAUCAGAGGAGGAUACGUGACAUUAACAAUAAGGAAUGUUCAGCCAUCGGACACAGGGAACUACAUCUGCCUGUUUGAAGCUCCCAAUCAUUACAGCACAGGAAUUGUGGAACUACAGCUGGCAGCCAUUGGGAAAGAACCUACCAUCCAGCAAGGAAAGAAUGGGAAAGUGACUGGGCCCUGUGAAUCUAGCGGCUGGUACCCUGAGCCCAAGUUACAGUGGAUAGACAGCGAGGGGCACAUACUGGAAUCUGAGGUUUCCAUAACAUAUAUAGAUGAGACAACCCUGUAUCGGGUAUCAUCUCCAGUACCCCAAUAUGCCCAUUCCCGAGUGACCUGCCUCAUAACUAAUGAGCUCCUGAAUGUAAAACAACAGAAAUCUGUCGACCUACCAAGCUCCAGGAAAACCACCGCAAUUGCAGUAGUAGGGACUACUGCUGCUGCUGCUGUUGCUGCUGCUGUUGCUUCCUUGGGUUGUUACAUCUAUAAGAACAUAAAAGGAAAAGCGGAUAGAGAACUUCAAAGAAAUGAACUGGAGACUCAUUCUUUUAAUCUGACUGAUCUACUCAACAAUUUCUGCUGA